AUGGCCACAUAUGCAGCAGGCACCGGCGGCAAGCGGUCGGGGUCUUCCUCCGCCAUCUUCGCCGCCACAACAAGCGGGUACCACAUCCUCAGGAUCCAUGGCUACGCCGGCACCAAGGAAACCCCGAACGGAGAGUACAUCAAGUCCCACCCUUUCACCAUCGGCGGCCACUGCUGGACCAUCCGCUACUACCCCAACGGCUACGGCUCGAAGUCCUCAGAUCACAUAUCCUUCUUCCUCGAGCUUGGCGAAAGCGUCGCCAAGGCCGUGAAGGCGCAGUACCAAAUCCGUUUCGUCGACCAAGAGGAGAAGAAACCCCUGACAUCGGAACCCGUGACCAGAUUUGAGAACCAGACUACUUCGGGCAACGCGUACUUCACGAAGAGGCAAGAAUUCGAGAAGUCGGAGCAUCUCAAGGACGGCUCCUUCGCCGUGCGGUGCGACAUCGUUGUCAUCGGCGACGUCCGCGUGGAGGCCACUGCGUCUGGAUCCGUCGCCGUGCCGGCAUCCGACCUGCACCAGCACCUCGGCGACCUCCUCCGGGACGAGAAGGGCGCCGACGUGGCGUUCGACGUCGGCGGCCGCACCUUCUCCGCGCACCGGUGCGUGCUCGCGGCGCGGUCGCCGGUGUUCAGAGCGGAGCUCUUCGGUGCGAUGAAGGAGAGCGACGCCGCCGCCGGCGUCGUCCGCGUCGACGACAUGGAGGUGCGGGCGUUCAGCGGCCUUCUCCACUUCGUGUACACCGACAUGUUCCCGGAGACAUCAAAGGAAGAGGAAGGGGAAGAGGAGGAAGAAGACGUCAUGGCGCAGCAUCUGCUGGUCGCGGCGGACAGGUACGGCAUGGAGAGGCUGAAGUUGAUGUGUGAGGACAAGCUGUGCAAGUACAUUGAUGUCGGCACGGUGGCAGCCAUACUGACGCUAGCCGAGCAGCACCAUUGCCACGGCCUGAAGAAGGCGUGCUUUGAGUUUCUUAGCUCCGCCGCGAAUCUGAGGGCGGCCGCGGCAAGUGAUGGCUUCAAGCAUCUGACCAGCAGCUGCCCCUCUAUUAUGGAGGAGUUCGUUAUCAUGCUUGGCAACCUAGUUCUGUGA